UGCCCGCGAGGACCGGCUCGGCCCCACGGCAGCCGCGACCGCGCUACGACUUAAGCCAUCGGGUCGGAAGGAGGGUAGCGGCAGGAAGGGAGGGGCAGUUGGCUCAGGGGAGGCAGUUAGACGGCGGAACCCAGCAUUUCCCCGGAAGGUGCCGGUGCCACACACCUGCCCCGUGUGCCCGGUAAAUGUCCGUGGGGAGCGUCCUCGAGGCCGCCUCUAACCCCUGCCUGACGUAAGAUCUAGGCGUACUUAUUUUUUUAAAAAUACCGUGGCACACAGUUUUUUUAAGCCAAAUUUAGGGUUGACUCAACGUCCCGGCUUACCCAGAACUCAGGGAUUUCCCAGAAUCUGAGACUUUGAGAGCUAACAUGAAGACAGUGCCGGGCAAACCAGAAGAGUCGGUCACUAUGAAAGUGACCGACGAGACCGGCGCCGCUGUCUUACACGACGGCCGCUUGUUCUGAUAGGAAUAACGGUUGUGUUCGUCUUAAAGUGAAGAUGAAGCGAGAUGGAGCAAAGAGUCAGUCAUUUAAUAUUGAGCGAAGGAUCCCACCUGGGCAGAUCCCUUUCAGUACUUUACAGAAAGCCUCUGUGCACAUCUUUUUAAGUAACGAAGGGACGCCAGUGAUCAGUGCGUGUGCAUCCUCACAACUGUCUCUACGAGCACAGUGGCACCAGCCAACAGGCUCGUUCAUCAUUCUUCCAGAUGUCAAAGGCAAACCCUGUGAGGACCACUGUAUACUACAGCACUCCAACCGAAUAUGUGUCAUCACAUUAGCAGAAUCUCAUCCAGUUCUUCAAAGUGGGAAAACAAUCAAAAGCAUCUCCUAUCAAAUCAGUACUAACUGUAGCCGACUCCAGAACAAGGUCUCUGGGAAAUUUAAGCGGGGGGCACAGUUUCUAACAGAGCUUGCACCUCUGUGUAAGAUUUACUGCUCAGAUGGAGAAGAAUACACCAUAUCUAGCUGUGUUAGAGGACGGUUGAUGGAAGUGAAUGAAAACAUUCUCCAUAAGCCAUCUAUUCUUCAAGAGAAGCCAUCGACUGAAGGCUACAUUGCGGUUGUAUUGCCCAAAUUUGAAGAAAGUAAAAGCAUAACAGAAGGGUUACUGACACAGAAACAGUAUGAAGAAGUCGUGGUGAAGCGCAUUAAUGCCACAACGGCUCCAUCAUGAGGAUUGUAAUGGGGUAAUGAACAACGCGGCAUGCUUAUCCCUCCCUGGCCUGUGGCCUGAGCGAUCCAUGCACUAAAGAACCACCUACACAUGUGAAGUGCUUCACCCCAAGCCAUCCGCAGAGAAGCCUGACCUUAAAACUUAACCUAGUUUUCCCCCUUUAUCUUUUAUAACGAGUCUUGGUUCUUGUUUUGUCCUCAGCCUCCCAGAUCUGCCCUAUGUACUCACUCUGUUCUUGUGCUUUUCUAACAACUGGCAAGGAGAGGAUGUUUUUCUGAUUAAAAAUAAAGCACUUUGAGAAAAAUUUGGAUAAAACAGAUAAGUGUUAAAUAGCAAAGUAAAAAUAAUUUAACUGGGAUCCCUGGGUGGCGCAGCAGUUUGCGCCUGCCUUUGGCCCAGGGCGCGAUCCUGGAGACCCGGGAUCGAAUCCCACGUUGGGCUCCCGGUGCAUGGAGCCUGCUUCUCCCUCUGCCUGUGUCUCUGCGCCUCUCUCUCUCUCUCUCUCUGUGACUAUCAUAAAUAAAUAAAAAUUAAAAAAAAAUUAAAAAAAAUAAUUUAACCAUCAUCCCAUAACCCAUUAGUAAAUACUACAUUUUGAUAUGCUUCGGUUUGAAUGUUACGGCAUGGUUAUUGCUUUUGCCUUGAUUUUCCUUCAGUUUAAAGUUGGGGAAAAAAAAAUCAGGCCUUUUUUGCCCAUUUGGCUUCUGAAUGACACUACAGAAAAGGCUAGAACAGCCUCUUCAGCCCUAGCUCUUCUCCCUUUAGAUUGUAGGGGAGGGGCAGAGCAUAGAGUAUACCUCCUCCACUCCUUAUACAGUCUGUAGCUCGGAUGGCCUUCUCUGAAACAAAGUCGAAUGUAACACUGGCUUCUUAAAUAAGGGAUAUAGGAAAAGGCUUUGAAAACUACAAAGGGCUUUCCCAACGUGGAAGUAUUCUAAUGCAGUGUAAAGCUGCUUAUCACAGUACGUACAGUGUAGUUGCUCACACACUCUAGCUGUGGUGUAGCCAGCCAAGAAGUCAUUGAGAAGUUGCUGUAAUCCAAAGACAUAGAUGCCUUUGAACAGAACAAAAACUUUUACAUCAUCUAAACUAAAAACAGAACUGAUAGGCUUUAAGAUUGUCUACUUACACUGAAUUUCAAAUAAAAGGACUUUUUAAAUUGUUUUUUUUUCUUAAAGGCUGUAGCACAUGUACAUUUAAAUAUCUCUGUAAAUAAAACAGAAGAUGUAAUUUAA